GGUCAUGUGUCAGUGCCUGUACGGUCACGUGGUCAUCACCCUCCACACCACCAGUUGAGAGCGCUAUCGCAGAAGUUUGUCAGUUUUGAGAAAAAUAGGUUUAUAAACUGAGUUUUAAUUACGUUUAUAAUGGCGAGCACAUCUUUUGUGAUUUCUGUGUCGGUUAUGACUGUGUUUUGGGGUCUUGUUGGUGGAGUUAUUCCGUGGUUUAUUCCUAAAGGACCGAAUCGAGGAGUCAUUGUGACCAUGCUGGUUUUGACUGCUGUUUGCUGCUACCUAUUCUGGCUGAUUGCUAUUCUUGCCCAGCUCAAUCCAUUGAUGGGACCAUCACUGAGCAACGAUACCAUCUGGUACCUUUACCAUCACUGGCCAUAGGGUCCAUCACUGGAUCCCUUCAUAAACCAGAUGCUGGAGGCAUGCGAGGUGCCAAAACGAAUAACAUUUCACUGACGCUUUCUGUGAAAGGGAGAGAUCCUAUCGAUUGAAGCUUUACAUGCUUUAUUCCUAAUCAAAAAAUGACACCCACACUGCAAAAAAUUACUUAGUUACUUAGUAUUUUUGUCCCGUUUUAAGUACAAAUAUCUAAAGAUUCUUAAAUCAAGAUGCAUUUGAGCAAAAUGACCUGAGAAAAUAUGUCUAGUUUAUAGAUAUAAAAUAUCGAAUUUAAGUGAAUUUGUGCUUAAAACAAGCAAAAAAAUCUGCCAAUGGGGUAAGAAAAAAAUCUUGAACGUUUUGGUUUACCCUAUUGGCAGGUUUUUGCUUGUUUUAAGCACAAAUUCACUUAAAUUUGAUAUUUUGUGUCUAAAAACUACUUAUUUUCUUAGAUAAUUUUACUCAUCAAGAAAAUUAAUGUUGAUUUAAAAACAUUAUAGAUAUUUGUACUAAAAACAAGACAAAAACACCAAGUAAGAAAGUCAUUUUUUGCAGUGCAUAUGCUUGUGUAAUAAAGUCUGUUUAUAUAUUUAUUUGUUGUUUUUUUGACAGAAACAAUAUGCAAUUAAAACUUUGCUUUUGUUUUCAUUUGUAUUACACCGGCAUUGUUUUGUGUAUAGUUUUUGUCAUGUAAUCUGUCCUUUCUUUUGUACAUGUAUGAUUCUGUAUGUCCAAUAAAAUCAAGAAAGAAGA